AUGGUGGAUUACUAUAAUUACAAGAUGUCAGGCAGCGAGGAGGAACCCGAAUCGCACUCGCAGUCAGGGAUGACCAAGGCGGAGCUACGAAGGAGCAACAAACCGAUCAUGGAGAAGCGGAGGCGUGCUCGGAUAAAUCAGUGUCUGGACGAGCUGAAGAGCCUGAUACUCGAGGCGAUGAAAAAAGACCCAACCAGGCAUUCGAAACUCGAGAAGGCCGAUAUCCUCGAAAUGACGGUGAAGCAUUUACAGGCGGUACAGCGUCAGCAAUUGAGCACGGCGGUCGCUACCGAUCCGGCGGUGCUAACGAAAUUCCGUACCGGAUUUUCUGAAUGUGCUACCGAAGUAUCGCGGUACGUCAGCCACCUCGAGAACGUCGACCCUGUCGUGAAGCAACGACUGGUAUCACAUUUGAACAAUUGCGUUAGCAAUCUCCAGCAAAUGGCGCCAUUCUACAGCCACUACGUGCCCUACAUGCCGGAACGGCUCUAUCCGGAGGUGAAGGUCGGUUUCCAGAGCGAUUUCCAGAAUGGCGACGAGAAUAAUAAUGGAAGUGCCAGGAUACAGAUACCAAACGGCGUUCAGUUGAUACCUAGCAGACUGCCGACCGGAGAGCUAGCUCUUUUGGUACCGCAGUCGGCGGCCAUUUCGGCAAACUUUCCUUUCUUUCCCCCAGCUCCCGAGGCCGUUUCCAAAAUCGGACAAUCCUCCGCUUUCACUUCCGUUCACAGGCCACAGAGUCCACUGUUGAGCCCAUCCACGUCCACGUCCAGCUGCGGCGAAGAAAGUCAUCAGCCCGAACACUACCCUCAGGCACACUCGCCUAAUCAUCGGGAACGUCGAUUCAAGAUUCCCGGUCAGAGUCCGGCUUCCUCCAAGAGUUUCUCUUCCUCGCCCGAGACUCAGAAGCCGCAGAUCAGUUCGACCAGCGGCAGCAAGUCACCGGUACCGAUCUUCACCGAACCCAAGUCCGACGCGAAUUAUCUAUCCAGAAAAGAUUCCGCGGACUCCUCGGAAACGUUGAACAGCAACGGAAUGACUAUGCACAACUUGAGACAACCGCUUUCGGUGAUCACCGACAAAACGUACAAUCGUACCGGUUCCGCUACCCCGAGGAAAGAGUCCAUCAAGAGGCACCAUUCCGACGGUCUUCUAGUAAUCUCUGAUAAGAAAGCCAGGUACCAGGAACCUAUCAGUUCCACCGUGAAUUCUUCUAACGGCGCCCUAAAAUCCGGAGAAGAUCAGGCGAUUUCCGUGGAGGAUUUGUCGGGCAGAGCGACUUGCUCGACUAAUAGAAAUUCUAAUCCUAAUCCCAUGAAAUUUGCAGCGGUGGCUGGUCCUUCUGGGGCCAACGGCGAUAUGUGGAGGCCUUGGUGA